GCCUGUUGAUCCAACAAGUUUAAACCCCUCUGCUCGUGUGCGGACUCAGACACCGGCGGGGAUUUAGAGCGUUUUCUGUUCGUCUGAUUCAGUGUGGUCUCUCCAGGCGUUUGAACGCUCAGUUUGUGGCUUUCACUGAAACAAUGCAGCUAAAUGCUACGCGUCCGAGCCUUUGAGAUGGAGAAAGCUCUAACAGAAGAUGACUGCGUGGAUUCAGGAGCCGAGACUGGAGGCCAUUAAACAAAGAUGUGCCUCGUUGUCUCCUGCGGUCUGAUUACAGUCCCUUGUCCUCAACAAGCAGUGGAGGUGACUUAUCCAUGGGUGAGCUCCAGGAUCCCUUCCUUGUCAGCAUCCACCUCAUUGCUGACCCCGGCGAGGGCAAGUUCCUGCAGCAUGCUGCCGACGCCGUGCUGGCGUGGGUUCACCCUGAACUGCAGCUCUUCAGGGUCUCAGAGCGAGCCUCCGUCUCUCAGCGACCUCGGGCAAAGCGGCAUCAAAAUGGAAGCCCAGCUUCAGCCUGCCAGCCAGCCCUGGCAGUCAUCCUGUUCCUCCAGGAGGCCUACGGCGGUGAUGAGCACAUACUGAUGCUGCAUCGCGCUCUGCAACGGCCGCCCUGGCACUACCACCAUACUGAAAAAGUCAGCAAUGGCCGGCGGAUGCUACCGUUGACCCCAUGCAGUCAGGACUUUUUCACUCUGUCUCCCGGCACGCCGCUCUGGGCCGUGCGGCAGGUCCAUUAUGGGAAGGAAAUCGUGCGUUUCACAGUCUAUUGCCGCCAUGAAAACUAUGUUGAUAUGGUGCGGCUGUACAAGCUGCUGCUUCAGCGGAGGGUUGCACAAAAGAAGGAUGACUUUUGCUUCUUUGUGGUGUACUCCAACCCUGAUAUGGAGAUCCAGCUGUCCUUUAAGAGACUCCCACGAGGCCACAGUCCCCUGGUGUUGGACUCUGCAGUAAUGGAGGUGAGGGUCCGGGACGUCGGAGUGCUGGUGCCCCUGCUGCCACACCCUUGCAGUCCAAUCAGUGAGGUGCGCUGGCAAACGGAGGACUACGAUGGAAAUAAGAUCCUACUGCAGGUCCAGGGUGCAUACUGCAAACACAGACAUGAUCCCUGCUACAGAUCAUGCACGGUCACUGAAUCAGCCUCGGCUCCGUCCACCUUCACCCGCAGCGCCACCUCUCACAGGAACCGCCGUUACCAUCAACGGAUGCCACCUCGUCCCAAAGUCCACCCGACCUCCCACUACUCCAUGCCUCUGGCAUGUGAGGAGCCAGACGAGCAGGAGCAGUGGCCAGACCAACAACAUCCUGACAGCUGGAGGUCCCAUUGGACGGGCAAUUGGUCCGGAUCCCUCUUCUCUCUACCCAACAUGGGCUCAGCCAGCUCCCGCUCUGCCUGUUCCUCUCCGGGUCCUUGUCCCAGCCCCAAUUACAGAAGCCACUCCCUUCACCGGAGUUCUUCGCUCAUCCCGCCCUUCCGCCUUAAUGUGGACGCUCUGAUCGGGGCAGAGGAGACGGAUGUAGACACGGGGAACAAGGUAAAUCCAGGUAGCCACGUGGACCUCACAGUUGUGUCUGCGUACGUCAAAUCGAGCCUCCCACAGACUCCUCGGCCAUUAUCGGCCCCACCAGAAGACAUCGGACCCCGCCUCUCUCCCGUCACCCAAGAGGGCACCUACAAAUCGGCCACUCUGGGCCGGACUCCAAACAGCUUCUCCAUCAAAAGCUCUCAGUCUGCCUUGCAGUUGUCGUGUCCCCAAAGCACCAGUGCAAACACACUGUCCUCAGCUUCAGUAAACGAGUCAGACAGCUGCAGCAUAAUUAGUGUGCCAGUUGAAGAGAAAGACAUGACAGAAGAGGAAGAACAAGAAUUCUACAUCUGAUCUUUUGCUAAAGGCUCAGAGGACUCAACUCUGGUCAGUAAUAUCAAACCUUAGUGCUGAGACAAUCAUGUAAGCUCUACUCUGCCUCCUGGUGUUUGAUAGUAAAACAACAACAGCAAACUGAAGCAAAGCACAAAGUUUGUUCUGAAAUAUUUGUGAAUGCUGCAUUUUUUUUUUUUUUUUUUUGCAUGUGUAUAUAUAAACUGUAAAUGCUACUUCAUAUGUACUUUCACGCAUUUAAUGGAGAAGUUGCAAAUCUGUGUACAGAAACAUUCAAUAAAAUUGCAAAUUGUUUGUCCCCUUUCAAAUGUGCUGCUUAACACUCCAUUAAACGUAGGGUAGGUGUCACGUUUUCUACAUCACUGAUCAUAACCAAUUAGAUUUGUUGUGUAGGCCUAACCAAAUGGCAACAUUAAAAACUAACAUGAUAUAAGGGGAAAAAAAGGCUACUGCCACUAAUGCGUUCACCUGAGAGUUUAGCAUUUCAGUCCUGUGUGAAGUCAGACCCUUUUGGCCUGGAUGCCUCGUCUGAUGGGUUUAAAAUUGGAAGACUGUGCAUCUUCAAAUAUUAAGCUGCCAAAUGCAUAGAAAAAGUUCUUUAAGGUAACCAUAAACUGCCGUGCAGGUAGUAG